CCUCUUCUUCGAUCCGAACGCCUCAUCUCCAGACCUAUUUGUACGCGCAGCGCACGCUUCACGCCGCCGCGAACCGCGAGCCCCGUCAAGUGCUUUUGCCUGCUGCUAUUUACCGCCGAUCCGGAGGGCGCCGGUUCUUCAAUCAAGGGCAUCGCGCGCGUGGGGGAGAUCGAAGAGGAAAGAGCUCGCGCCCGCCCGGUCGACGAUGGCAGCGGCGGCGGCGGCUUCCUCCGUGCGGGGUUGCGGCCCGGCGUCCGCGUCGACGGUGGGGUUCUCGUCUCGGCGGGCCUCGUUCUUCAAGCCGCUGCCCUCGCGACGAGCGUCGUGGGCGCGCGCGCGCGCCGUGGUCGCCGACGUCCCGUCAAGGGGGAUGGAGGUCCGUCGGGAGAAGGGGUUGUUGGAGGCCAUGAUCGGAGGAGGAGAAGAAGAAGUCCGCGAGGACGAGAAGAUCGGGGAGGAGAAGGUGGAAGGGUGGAUGCGGGAGUCGAUCGCGGAGAUCGUGCGGCACGUCGGGGAGGCGCCGUUCCUGGUGCACCUGUUCAGCGACGACGACCGCGUGACGAUGCGGCGUGAGCCGGCGUCGGCGGAGGCCUGGCCGGACGUGAGGCGGCGGUGGGGCAGCGGCGGGCAGCGGCGGCCCGACGGGAUCAUCCUGGUGGAGCAGGUGGCCGCGGCGGCGGUGGAGGACGGCGCGGAGGCGGCGCGGCAGGUGUGGGGCCUGGUGGUGCAGGCCCGCGGCAUGGAGUGCGCGGCGUGCUACGUGCUCGACACCUGCCGCGUGCGCUCCCCGGCGGGGCUCUGCACCCACUUCUGCCUCGCCCGCGCGCAGUGCUUCGGCGGGGAGCCCCUCGAGCUCCAGCUCCGCAACGCCUGGCUCAACCGCCUCUCCGGCCACCGAUAGCCCCGCCCGCCCGCCGCGCUCCUGUGUACCACUACUAGCCUUAGAACACCGCCGCGCCGCCUCUAGAAGACGCCGAACGUGAUGCCUCCUCCGGCUCGGUUUGGUCGGGAAGAAAGAACCAUCGAUUCGAUCGGGAAGCAAGGAACACACUGAUGAUUCUGUUCUUUUGUCUUUCCGGUCUAGUUUUCUCCCCUGCGCCGCGAGAUGGAUUACAUUGUGAUCGGGUAAUCGAAAUCACGAUCCAACCCGCGUGGAUUUGUACAGAUUAUACUGAUUGUAUUGCUUGAUUAUUAUGAAACGAAAAGCAAUUGAUCGUUCUACAAUGGAA